AUGACUACAAACGCAUUGGAGUCUGCAGUGAAAGAAAAUCACUUCAACACCAGACUUGACUCAACGGCACCUAUAAAUGGCGAAACGAAGAUACUUUCGCGGUCUUCACCAUCAAAUGGAGUGGUAACAUAUACACUCCAGAUUGGGUCUGUGUCCGUCCCAAAUGUUUCGCUUGCUGAGGUCACGGAUUACGUAUCAGCACAUGAUCUGGAAAUCUUCGAAAAUCAAACAUUUGAAAACGACGUUAAAGAGGAAGAGAUCAAACAGCAAGAGUGCCUAGCCGCAAAAGCCCGCAGAUAUAACAGAGUCACAGACUCGGAUUCAGCCUCUGACACUUCAUCAGUUCGCGCUAGAUCCGUGUCUGGUGCACCACUGUCUGGCAGUGAGAACAUCAAAGCUGGUGGUAGACAGCGACCUUCAUACACGCAUUUCUACCCCAAGCAACGGGCCCCUCGAGGAUCUCUGAAGCCUACCAUACCAAAGGCAGAAUCACACGUCAACAAUGGAGACUAUAGUAGUAACAAAAGACGACGACUUAGGGAAGAUCGUGACAGUCUAUCUUCGGCACAGGAUACAGAGAGUGUUUAUAGCGUAGCCUCUCCGAAGCUAGCAACCCAGCCACCUUCCGCUAUGGAGCAGGCAGCAGGGUUAUUAUCAGAUGCGCAAGAGGAAUCUGAUCCAAUGGAACUCGACGACGAUGAGUCCGAAAAUGACAAAGCUAUACCGAUACGUGACGUCUCGAACAUAGCUGAGCAGGCAGGUAGCCACAAGGGCAAGGGCAAAGGCAAGGAAAAGGACGGGGCAAGCGCCUUCUUUACAUUCAGAGAUCAAGCUAUCCCUCUAGCUUCAAGGAGUGCUGCACACAAUUCAUCACAAGCCCAGUCUACCAAAGCAAAGCUUGUCGCCUCGUUGACGGAAAGACAAGCGCUUGCACCUCCGGCAAAAGAGACAACAAAGGCAAGCACAUUACCGACCUCAACAACAAACUCUUUGAAAGACAACAGCUCAACCAGUCAUGCCAUCGCCAACGUCUCCGACGCAGAUUCGAGCUCCGAUUCUGAGGGUUCUGAAGAGUACGUGGUCGAAAAGAUUCUGGCCCAUGGCCUCUCAGAUCCAAAAUCUCACGACAAGUCUGUUCACGGAGAAAAGCCCGUCAUGCUGUACCACGUCAAAUGGGAAGGUUACGAUGCAACCACUUGGGAGCCAGCAACAAGCUUCCAAGACACGGACAUACUUCAAGAGUACUGGUACCAGCAUGCACAAAGGCAGAGGCAGAAACAAAAACAGAAGCCAUCGGCUUGA